UUCCCCACGGCAAGAUCGCCCUGCUCACGUCUGCGCACUCUAUGUUCCCUGCGCCAUGAAGGACUGCAACAAGGUCGUGGCAGCCAAGUUCUUCCCAGCAACCGACGAAAUGGGGCAGUCAUCUCCCUCCAGUAACAGCGGCGAUGGGCUUGAACGCAAGACUAGCCCCACACAGGCUUCUGGCAAGCUGUUCCCCCUUUGCGAGGUGGACUACUUCAGGCGUCUUGACCUGAUCUGUGCCAAGUGCAGUGGUGCACUUAGAGGUAGCUACAUCACAGCAUUAGGCAAAAAGUUUCAUGUCGAACAUUUCACCUGCUCCGUCUGUCCAACCGUCUUUGGCCCGCAAGACUCGUACUACGAGCAUGACGGUCAAGUCUUCUGCCACUUUCACUACUCCUCCAGAUUCGCCAUCAGAUGCACUGGUUGCCGCACUGCCAUUCUCAAGCAGUUCGUCGAGAUCAACCGAAACAAUCGCGAUGAGCACUGGCAUCCGGAGUGCUACAUGAUACACAAGUUCUGGAACAUCAAGCUCUGCCCGACAGGGUCCACACCGAAAGACUCCGCCCAAAUUGCUGCCGAGCCCACAACUCUGCCCGGAGUGCCAGAGCCCUCCAACACAGGAGUGGCACCUGCAUCUUCGCUGUCGUCUUCGGCAGAUCCCACACCAGAGGCAUUGGAGACCGAGGCGCACGAAACACCAGCGAGUCUCAAGCACAAGCAGCGGCUCAUGGAGGAGCAAGUGUAUCGCAUAUGGACCGUGCUCAGCGCCUUCGAGGAAAGCUCGGCUGCUUGCAUAUCUGACAUGCUCCGGAAUGUGAGCAGCGGAAAGUAUCUGGGGGGUGUGCGCAUGGCAGAGCGUUUCAUUUUGCACGUCGAAAUCCUAUUCUCUGCCAUCGACGACCUCGAGCGGGAAGCGCGCAAAGAAGGGGCAAAGGGAAUAUCGCACAUCAGAGAAGCACGCAUGCUGUGCAAGAAGAUCGUCAAUUUCUUCUCGCUGCUGUCACAUACUCAAGAGACUGGUGCGCAGCGCAUGGGCAUCACGCAAGAGCUUCUUUCGUUGGUCACAGGCCUGGCGCACUACCUGAAGAUUCUAAUCAGAAUAGCCCUGACUGGAGCCCUCAAGCUUGACAGAGAGUACGAUAACAAAAAGGCCAUCUCGUGGUUCUUGGAUCAACUCGCUUUCCUUGCAAGGGAAGGCCACUCAAAUGGCGAUGCAGGGUCCGAGAGCGCUAAAUCGCCUCGAAGCGCAAGCGGGCACGGUUCGUCCGCAGAUCACGGUGACACUGCCGUUGAUGGCCGCCCGUAUGGAUAUCGUAGCUUGCCCCGCAGUACUAGCGCCUCAAAUAGCGAGGGUGGAGAGAGCGCAACGGACCUUUGCGUAGCUUGUUCGCAGACUGUUGAGGAAGAGUGCGUACGGAUGGGCAUCAAUUUGCGCUGGCAUAUGAGCUGUUUGCGGUGCAAGACUUGCCGGCGAGUAGUGCAUCGAGAGCCUGGCUCCUCGUCCAGGUCCAAGUUGCCAGAACCGGAACAAGCCGCAGACGCACCAGAACCGCUGCCUCUGGGUCACUUCGCGCUCGAAUCUGUGAGACGAGGUCUUGAGAACGCAGCUGCUGGUGGCAGCUCCGCAACUUUGCCGUCAUCAGGAUCGGCCUCUUCUACCGGCUUGCUGCAUUCGCCGUUUUGUCCAGACUGCGCACCCGCGAGCGUUCGCCGAGGUUUCGAAGCCGUCACACGGUUGGAGCAGUAUGCCUUCUUGCUCAGGGUUGCACUCAAUCGUCUGUAUGCGCUGCUCAAGAAGCGCGGUGUGGUGCCUGCCUCACCACCUGCCUCACAGCAGGUCGAGCUUGUGCCAGAGACCGCCGCACAGCAAGCGCACGAUCUGUACAAGGACGAAGAUAUCAAGCGUGUCAAACCGAUGGGGCUCGAUCGCAAGCUUUCUACGAAAGCGAAGGUGCCGCACAUGUCCACUGUCGUUGGCAGCCCUUCAGGACAGCACACGCACACGAGUUCUAUCCAGCAAAGGGCGUCCCCGACCGAGAUCGCGACACAGCAAGCCGAGUCGCGGCCGUCCCUUCAGCAGCCGAGGAGCCCUUCGCCAGGACGUUGGGAUGGCCAGCAAAAUCAAUACGGACCGGGUAGAUCUUCUCCGCAAAAGAAGCUUUCUUCUUCCCCGGGUACUUCGUCGAGAGACCCUUCGCCGAGCAGGCAACCGGGCGUGCAGGCGGGGCAAGCCCAAGGCGGUCGGCCACCCGCACCUGUAAAUCAGCCGCCACCUGUGCCAGCCCAGCAACAUCAGCUCCUGUCACAACAGCAAUACCGGCAGCCACACGCACCUGGCGCAAUCGUACCGAUCAGGCCAGCUUUUGCUCGGCACAACACCGAUGUGCGGAUUCGAGACGAUGGACCUCUGCGUCAGCCGUCUGGCGACGAGGUUGAACCGCACGCGUUGGAUGCGGUCACCUUGGCAGACAUUCCACAGUUGCUGGAGGCGGAGCAGUUGCGGGAGCAGCGGAGAGCCCUGCCUGAGGGCGUUCGAAGCAUUGCUGAGCUCUCUGCGCUUGAGCUGUUCAUCGUGAAGCACAUGGCGGUCAUGAUGCUACAGCAAAGCGCAUUGAAGGACCUGGUCAAUUUGGAUGAUCUCGUCGACGUCAUUGACAUGCGCAAGAACACCUUCUGGGGUAAGCUCUUCAAGGGAGGCAAAGAUGACAAGAAAGUCAAGAAAAAGGGCGUGUUCGCCAUUCCUCUGGAGAUCCUCGUCGAGCGGAGUGGCGCUGACUCUACGCUCGGAGCUUCUGCCUCUCAGCUGCGUAUUCCUUCCUUCGUCGAUGAUAUCGUCUCCGCGAUGCGCCAGAUGGACAUGUCUAUUGAAGGGAUCUUCCGAAAGAACGGCAACAUUCGACGCUUGGCGACGAGUGCCGAGGCAUUGGACAGGGAUAGUGCCCAAGUCAAUCUUUCAGACGACAACCCAGUGCAGCUUGCAGCUCUCCUGAAGAAGUUCCUGCGCGAGUUGCCCGACCCCCUCUUGACUUUCAAGCUUCACAGGUUAUUCGUCAUGUCUCAGAAGCUAGAGCCAGAAUCGGAACGUCACCGCAUCAUGCAUUUGAUCACGGUGCUUCUGCCAAAGCCGCACAGAGAUACGAUGGAAGUUCUGUUCGUCUUCUUGAAGUGGGUCGCUUCUUUCUCUCACAUCGAUGAGGAGACGGGUAGCAAGAUGGAUUUGCAAAACUUGGCAACCGUGCUGGGCCCGAAUAUCCUGUACUCCAAAGGAACGGACCCUGCCAAGGACGAGACGUUCUUGGCCAACCGUGCUGUGCUCGAUCUACUCGAGCACCAGGACGACUACUGGCUCGUGCCCCCAGGUCUGGAUGUUGCUCUCCAAGACCGCGACCUGCUUAACAGCUCUGCUGAGUUGACGUCGAGGGACAUUCUCAAGAAGUGUGAGAAGCACGCCAAGAGGGUGAGAGCGACGACAGUAUCGACGCCGCAGUACACUCGACCGGUCGCUGUUCCAGCUCAAGGCUCGAAUCGAUGGGGCGAUAGCGACUCUCAUCGGCACCAGCCACACCUCCAUGCGCCUCCGUCCAUGAGAGCCGUGGGUCCUGCCGAGUACGGAGCAAGCUACGGACGGUCCCAAGGAAGCAAUGGACACGGUAGCUAUCCUCGAAGCCCUGUCAGCGACGAUCAGCAUCAUCGCCAGCCUAUGCCCUGGAAUGCUGCGCACGGCGGGCAGGGCCAGGGCCAGCCACAAGGAGCGACGCCCUAUAGCAGCCCAUCUCAAGCAGCCCGAGAUAGGAAUGGAGCUCCGAUGGAUGGCUCGUUCAUGUCUAGCAAUUCUUCGCAGCAGCAUUCGCAGCAAGGCUUUGCGUCAUUUGCCGGACAACAAACGCCAAGUCGCACGGGCACGCCUCACUACUCGAGUCCAGGCCAGAACGACGCGAACGGUGCGGACUAUGCGCAUCAUCCAAGCCCUAUGGAGCAACGGUCGAAUUGAUACCUACAGCUCUCUGCAGCUCGUCUCUACACGAAGUUUGCGUCUUUCCUCGACUGGUCUAAAGAUCUUCUAUGCCCCAUCUCCAGGAAUGUGGCCCACCCUUUUCUCAUCGUCAUGAAACUCGUCUCUGAUCUUCUUUCACCUUGCCAAGAUUUACAAUUUCCAUGCCCUCCGUGGCGUGUCCGCAGAGUCUUGCCUCCCUCAACGCUUACAUCAUCUUCUCGGGCCUCGUU